AUGGCGGCCCCCGGUUUCAACCUCCCCGCCGACCUCUUCGGGCUCAUCUAUGAUCGGCUCCCAUGUCCCGUCGACCGCCUCCACAUGCGCCAGGUCUGCCACAACUGGCGCACCGCCGUCACGCCGCCGGCGCCGCGGCCACUUCCGUCGAUCUUCCUCCCGCGAGCCGGAGCGCUCUCCUUCUCCUGCGUCUUCAGUGGCUGCGCCACCCACCGCCUCAAGCUCUGGGUGGAGGACGCACGCAGGGCGCGCUACUUCGGCUCGUUCGAUGGUGGCUGGGUUUUCUUCGCCAUCGGCAGACCUCACGGGCACACGCUCCAAAACCUCCUCGCCGACCACAGUUUCAAGCUUCCCUCACUCUUCUUCUUGAGGAACGGAUGUCACAUCCCCUUGGUCAUCCUCGCGGCGACCCUCUCUUCACCACCGGUUCACGGGAAAAGCGUCAUCGGCGCCAUAGUUUCGUCUCGCCGGCGUCUUCGCGGCACUGAGAGGCAGCUCGCGUUCUGGCGCCUGGGUCAGUGUGAUGCCAUUGAUAAGACCUUGACUCCCACCCAGGCAGAUUUAGAGGACAUCAUAUUUCACAAGAAAUCAUUCCAUGUCCUCGACGAACAAGAGCGCGUUCGUGCGUACACGCCGUUGUUCGAUCGAGAUGGAAACAUGGAGGAAUGUCAUACAGAGUGGCCUCUUUCCCAGAUGCGGCGCCGCCAUUACGAAGAGCACGUCGCAGCACGCUACCUCGUGGAGUCCCGCGACGAGCUGCUCAUGGUCGUCAGGCUGACUCCUCAUCAUGGGCAGCCGACGUCGGCGUUCCGGGUGUUCCAGAUGGUAUAUCUGCGGGGUCGGCUUCAUCGGAACGCUCACAUCUUGGGCUCUCUCGAGCACACAUGGAACGAGCUGCACAAGCUAGAUGGCCGGGUGCUGUUCGUCGGGCGAGGCUGCUCCAGAUCCCAUGAGGUGGCUGAUCACGCCGGGUUCGAGGAAGGCGUCUACUUUCUGGAUGACGGGAGCUUCCGCGACGGGGACAAGGACGAGCUGCUGUUCCAGAACUCCGAUCAGUUGCAGUUCAGCUGCACAGACAGCGGCAGAUGGUCGGCACCAACUCGCCAGAUCGAGAGCCUCUUCCCGGAGCAAGCCCCAUCGAACUACUCGCCUCCGGUUUGGAUCCGCCCUUGA